AUGCUGCAUACCGAGGGCCACGCUCUUCUCCGGGCCGUGGGUCAGGGUAAACUGCGCCUGGCCCGCUUGCUUCUGGAGGGAGGCGCCUACGUGAACGAGGGGGAUGCCCAGGGCGAGACCGCGCUCAUGGCGGCCUGCCGGGCCCGCUACGACGACCCCCAGAACAAGGCGCGGAUGGUCCGCUACCUCCUAGAGCAAGGCGCCGACCCCAACAUCGCCGACCGCUUGGGGCGCACGGCGCUCAUGCACGCCUGCGCCGGGGGCGGCGGCGCCGCGGUGGCCGCGCUGCUGCUGGCCCACGGCGCCGACCCCUCGGUCCGCGAUCACGCGGGGGCCUCGGCGCUGGUGCACGCCCUCGACCGAGGGGAUCGCGAGACCCUCGCCACGCUGCUGGACGCCUGCAAGGCCAAGGGCACGGAGGUCAUCAUUAUCACGACCGACACAUCGCCCUCGGGCACCAAGAAGACGCGGCAGUAUCUCAACUCGCCGCCGUCGCCGGGGGUGGAGGACCCCGCACCCGCACCCCGGAGUCCGGGGGUCUGCACGUCGCCCUCGGAGAUCCAGCUGCAGACGGCCGCCGGAGGCGGAGGCGGAGGAGGGAGAGUGGGACUGUUAUCCCCUCGAGCUCAGGAAGAAGAGGAGAAGCGGGACAUCUUUGAAUUCCCGCUGCCCAAGCCCCCGGACGACCCUUCCCCUUCGGAGCCGCUCCCCAAGCCGCCUCGACACCCCCCCAAGCCGCUCAAGAGGCUCAACUCGGAGCCCUGGGGGCUCGUGGCGCCCCCCCAGCCGGUCCCCCCGGCCGAGGGCAGGCCGGGGGCAGAGCGCCUGGCGGCCGAAUUCAACGGCCUGACGGUGGCCGGACGCCCGCGCCUCUCGCGGCGGCACAGCACCGAGGGCCCCGAGGAUCCUCCCCCGUGGGCGGAGAGAGUGGCGGGCGGGGGUCCGCUGUCGCGCAGGAACACCGCCCCCGAGGCUCCGGAGGCCCCAGCCGGGUGGAGGCAGAAACUGAGCCGCCUGGAGCCGGUGGAGCCGGACGGCCCCGGGCACCUUGGCUCCGAUUCGCCGGAGCCCGGCCGCCCGGCCCUGGAGCGCCGCCGCUACAGCGCCUCCCCGCUGACCCUGCCGCCCGCGGGCUCGGUCUCCUCGCCGCGCCAGUCCCAGGAAAGUCUGCCCGGGGCGGUGUCGCCCCUGAGCGGAAGGAGGCGGAGUCCCGGGCUGCUGGAGCGGAGGGGCUCGGGGACGUUGCUCCUGGACCACAUCUCGCAAACCCGGCCGGGUUUCCUGCCCCCCCUCAACGUCAGCCCCCACCCUCCCAUCCCCGACAUUCGUCCCCAGCCCGGAGGUCGUGCGCCUUCCCUGCCCGCCCCUCCUCCUCCUCAUGCCGGGGCGCCAGGCUCGCCCAGGACCAAGCGCAAGUUGGUGAGACGCCAUUCCAUGCAGACGGAGCAAAUUCGCCUGUUGGGGGGCUUCCAGAGUCUCGGGGGGCCUGGGGAGCCGGGGCGCUGA